GAGACCGGACAUAAAUAGAGAUCUCUUACUCGUCGAAAGAAAUCAUCAUUCAUACCAUCCAUCCUCGUUCAAUUCCACCUUCCUAGCCUCUCUAUUCAGAAUGACUGUCAGUGUCCCAACCCCUUUCCGACGCAUUAGUGCCAAGGCACCCGUCGAGGAAAUUCUUCAGAUGUUUCGCGAAGAUGGCGGGAUUGUGGUAGAGGAUUUCUUCACCCAAGAGCAAAUGGCCAACAUCAACAAAGAGGUAGACCCUUUACUAGCCAAAAUCAAAUGUGGCACACACAGAGAUGUCGGGGAGGAGGAAUGGAUUACCCAAUUCCACGGUUCCAAUACUCGUCGACUCAGCAACCUACCUACCAUUAGCAAAACCUUCCGUGAGGAAGUUCUCAACUACGACCUGUUGCACCAAAUUUGCGAGGCUAUCUUCCGCAAGGAAUCUGGCGACUACUGGAUGUGCACAGCACAGGUAAUCGAAAUUGGCCCUCAAAGCAAAGCUCAAGAGUUACAUCGUGACACAGCCGAGUUUCCUGGAUUGACCAAAUUGGGUCCUCGGAUGGACGAGAUACAAAUCAGUUUCUUCACCGCGUUGACUGAUUUUACAGCGGAAAAUGGCGCUACUCGUGGUAUCCCUAAGAGCCACUUGAUGGAGGACUAUGAGGAUUGGGGCCGAGAGGAGGAUGCCGUUCCCGCCGUCAUGAAGACUGGGGAUGUGUUCUUCUUCACAGGCAGGCUUUGCCACGGUGGUGGUGAAAAUCGUACCGAGGACUUUUGGCGACGCGGAAUUUCCUUAUGCUUCCAAGCUAGCUAUCUUACGCCAGAGGAAUGCUAUCCGCUUAUGAUUCCUCGUGAUGUUAUAGAGAGCAUGACGCCACUGGCGCAGAAAAUGUGUGCCUGGCGCUCCCAGUAUCCUACACUGGGAGGUGGAUUGUGGCAACACAAUUACACCGAGGUUGCCGACCAGAUUGGAUUGAAGUCGAAUCAACCAUUGAAGCUAUGAGGCGGAAGGGUAUAAGCGCAACAAUAGUUGUAAUAUUUGAUAGGUUAUUGGAUGCAUAUUGCAUACGUACGGCUGCAUGCAUAUGCAUUGUACUGCUUCAAAUUCGAUCUUGACUACAUUGCUGGCCUUUUUCGCUAUGAAAUGUAUUUAACGCAAUUAGUAAAAUGAUACAACUUGUAUUAGUUUGAGACCGAAUCAACUCCAUAGUCUGCAUUUGACAAUGCAGUUCUUACAUCUAAGCCCGCA